ACAGUAAACAGUUUUGUAAAAAAAGUAACACUGUUAUAAUACAUAAAAGAUUUACAAAAAUGUUGUUCAAUUGGAGACACUUUCCUAAAUUAUUUUUAGUAUUACCAAUCAUGCACCUUGUGCUCUCCGCCGUGGUUAAAAUCGAGUCCGCCGAACAGCAACGUAUGCGGUUGUUGGCCAAGACCAAUGUGGAGACCAUUGCUGCAGUCAUGAAGCGGCAAAAGGAGGACGUAAAAGAGUGCUAAAGCCACACACACCCUGUCUGGACAAAGAGUUACCCC